AGGCGGGGCGCGUGGCCUUGCUUCUCCAGGGUGGUAGGUGGCGAUACGGCUCUUUCCCCAAGGGAAUUGAGGCAUAAUGCCUCCCCAAAAGCAUAGAAAAAACAACCUCCCAGAUCCUCUUCAAGAAGGAAUAAUAUUGACGGAUACCCAAAAACACAAAUGGAGGUUGGGUCCUAUGAUUGCUUAUGGAGGAUUUGGCUUGGUCUAUCUAGCUUCCCCUUGUCUUGAUGUUCCUGUAGAAAACAAUGCUGUGCAUGUCAUUAAAGUGGAAUAUCUUGAAAAUGGACCCUUGUUUGCAGAACUGAAAUUCUACCAACGAGCAGCAAAACAAGAAAACAUCAAAAAAUGGAUGAAGAUGAAGCAACUAACAUUUUUAGGCGUUCCUGUUUUCUUGGGAUCAGGCCAAGUCAAACAUCUUGGUAAAAGUUACAGAUUUAUGGUGAUGGAAAGAUUAGGAGAAGAUCUUCAAACUAUCUUUGAAAGACAAGGGAGAAAAUUUUACAAUGAAACUGUUCUGCAUAUUGGGAUGCAGGUGCUGGAUGUCUUAGAAUAUAUUCAUGAAAAUGAAUAUGUGCAUGGGGAUAUUAAAGCAGCAAACUUACUUUUGGACUACAAAAAUCCACAUGAGGUUUAUCUUGCUGAUUAUGGACUCGCCUACAGAUAUUGUCCCAGUGGGAACCACAAAGAAUAUCAGGAAAAUCCUAAAAGGAGCCAUAAUGGUACAAUGGAAUUUACCAGCAUAGAUGCACACAAGGGAGUCGCACCAUCCCGAAGAGGGGACCUUGAAACCUUGGGCUACUGUAUGUUGCAGUGGAUCUGUGGAAGUCUACCCUGGGAGAGGAAUUCGAAGCACCCUGAGGCUGUGCAGGCUGCGAAAACAAAGCUUCUUGAUGAACUGCCUGAUUCAGUAACAAGGUGGGCUUCUGCAGGAGAAAACUGUGAUGAAAUAGCCAGAUUUUUAAAAAAUGUCUCUAAUUUAACAUAUGAUGAAAAACCCCAAUAUGAAAUAUUGAGGAAAAUCUUUUUCAAUGGCCUGGAACAAAAAGGAAUUUGUUACAAGGAGACACUGGAUUUAACUUCUGUUCAAAGCACUCUAAAUGAAUGCACAAUUCACCACAGGAAAGCUCAUUUGCUGAUGCCGACACUGAAGCAAGUAAAAGGACAAGAAAGCCAACUAGAGAACAAAGAGUUUUUUAAUCUUAGAAAAGCUACUGCACAAAUGAAAAGUAGCCAAAUACAAGAUAAGCCAGUACUGGUUAGAUUGUAUAAGUUUACUGGAACUUCAAUGGACAAUGUAAAACCACUGCCCUGCACUGAUUCCUGCAGUUCUUUCCAGAAUUUUGAAGAAAAUUGUAGAGAAAAUGGAGUCACAUAUUCAGUAGUCCAUCAGCCAGAAUGUGUUCAAAGUCUGACUAGUACUUCCACAUGCUGCCCCUCUCAGAUUGGACUGAAUGGAAAACUGUUUCAGUAUAUUGUGGCCAUUGUUGUCCUUGUCUUCUUAAUAAUGCUCUCUCUCUAUUUCCUUUGAUACCUUCUCCAGUAAGUGCUCAGGAAAUGCAGUUAUCCAUUUGUAUUCAGAUUUUCUUGGUAGAUAUUUUCAGUGUGAUUUGCUAGAAUAAAUUUGUUUCCAAAUAAAAUUAUCUUAUGUACAGAUUAAUAUAUAAAGUUGCCUAUAUUUUCCAGUAUGCUACAAAAACUAUCAGAUUUUAAACAUUU